AUGCUUAUUGGUGUAUCUGGGACUUUGUAUAGCGAAGUGGAAAAUGUUUCGCGAGCAUUGAAGGAGAUUUAUGGAGCAGACUGGCUCGACGAAGCUGAAUGCGGUGACUGGGACGCGUUGUUGGAUGUUGCGACCAAGAAUUACACGCGCUCUUAUGUUGUAAAGGGGAUAAAGACAAUGGAGACACUGGAAAAGCUUCGGAAACGGCCGUUUUUCGUUCACAUUGCAGUGGAUUGUCCUAUUAAAAAGCGGCUGGAGAAUUGCAGAAAGGAGCUGAAAUGUGAGAGUCUGGAGGAUGCUAUAUCGAGAAUGGAUUUGAGCGACUAUUCGCGGAUGGACUCGCUUGUUUCUGUGAAUGAGCGGGCGUUAAUUAAGGUUGUUGUUCACUCCGACGUUCAGUUCGACUUGUUAAAAACUCAACUGCAAGGGCAAUUGAGCCCUGUUAUAGACUCUGAAUCAACUACUGCGCCGCUCAGACCCACCUGGGACACUUAUUUUAUGAAACUAGCAAAUCUUGCGGCUUCCAGAGCCAACUGUAUGAAACGUAGGGUCGGAUGCGUUGUCGUUAGAGAUUGCCGGGUUAUCGCAACUGGUUAUAAUGGAACACCGAGAAGCAUGACGAAUUGUAAUCAGGGUGGAUGUCCUAGAUGUAAUGAAGGCGAGGACAACUCGCUGAGUGCGUGUUUAUGCUUACAUGCAGAAGAAAAUGCGCUUUUGGAGGCCGGAAGAGAUAGAGUCGGACCAAACGCUAUUCUGUACUGCGAUACCUGCCCAUGCCUCACAUGCUCUGUGAAAAUCGUACAAACCGGUAUCAAAGAAGUCGUUUACUCUCACUCUUACAGGAUGGACGAGCAAAGUCUCCGCAUUUUGAAGGAUGGGAACGUGAUAGUUAGACAACACAAGUUGGUCGACGAGCGCACCAUAAUUCAUGUCGGAAGACAGGAUGCUGCUGGACAGAAGUAG